CCCUUCCCACAUCCUCAUGUGUGCUUGAUGUAUCUGUGGAAAGCAUCUGGAGACUGACCUGGCAUUUUCACACUUUUUUUUCACCAUUUUUUUUUACCCCGCUCAAAUCUGGAAUUGAGGGUGGCUGUUGUGUAUGUGUGUGUGUGUCCGUGUGUGUGUCUGUGUGUGUGUGUCCGUGUGUGUGUGUGUGUGUGUGUGUGUGUGUGUGUGUGUGUGUGUGUGUGGCUUUUGUCAGUGGAACACUUUAGGUUUUCCCCCUCCCUUUGUAUGUGUCUUGCCUCCUGAAGGAAUCUCUCGUUGGAUGUAAUUUCGGUGUGUGGGUGAAUUGAUCAGGAAGAGAGGACAAAAAAAAAUUGGGUUUAGCGUUCCUGUAGCCCCCCGCUACAGAAGAGGCAGGCAGAGGAAAUUCUUCUUGGAGAAAAAUCCGUGGGCAGCGAGAAUAUGGGAUUAACACGGUCGGAGAUAUAACACAAGCCGCGCCAGCCUCUUCGCUUCUCCCUCCCCAGCCCCUUCACUGUUCCAUUUUCUCUCCCUCUCCCCAAAGUCAAGGCCACCCUCCCCGGAGAGAGGGGGAGGGGGAAUGGGGGCGACCUGACGACUUCGAAGCUGGACGGGUCCGAGGAGGAAACGGGUCUCCAGUGAGCAGGGGAGGGGGGGGAAGCGAGGGGAGAGACGGCGGGCGGUCGGAACGAGAAGCGGAUCCACACGUCCACGCUGUUAAACAUGCUCAGCUCUGUCACCAACCCGUCCUGCGAGCUGCAAGUGCCAUGGGAUCCUCUACACGCGGCUGAGGGGAGGGACAGAGCCUUGGACUGACAUCUCGUCCCUGAGAACGGUACUUCCGACGGUGCAACCCAGUUCCAGUACUCCCCGUACUGCAGAGAAACGUCUAUGCUUCGACCAAUUCCACGACCCUGCUUCGCAACUCGCUGGAAUAAAUUCAAUGAAGAUGAGGCACAUGGGCUUGCAAUUCCUGAAGGUUUUAUUAAUUCUCGUGUCUCAUGUGGUUUGGGCGAAAGGGAUCAUGAAGAGCAACCCCACCCUGAACAUUGCCGUGAUCCUCGGAGGCACAUCCUGCGAGAUGGACAUCAAAGACGUUCUGAACAAAGAUGACUUCCAACACUUGCCCAUCGACCCCAACGUGGUACAGGUCACGGUCAACGAGACCGACCCCAAGAGUAUCAUCACACGCGUGUGCGACCUCAUGUCGGGGAUGAAGAUGCACGGCGUGGUGUUUGGCGAUGACACCGAUCACGAGUCCAUUGCAGAAAUUUUGGAUUUUAUUUCCGCUCAGACUAUGAUCCCAAUUCUUGGAAUACACGGUGGUUCUUCGAUGAUUAUGGCAGACAAGGAUGACUCAUCGAUGUUCUUCCAGUUUGGUCCCUCCAUUGAGCAGCAGGCCUCAGUGAUGCUGAACGUUAUGGAAGAGUACGACUGGUACAUUUUUUCCAUUGUAACAAGUUAUUUCCCUGGAUACCAGGAGUUUAUCAAUAAGAUCCGAAGCACCAUCGAGAACAGUUUUGUUGGUUGGGAGAUGGAGGAGGUCAUGUCACUGGACAUUUCGGUGGAUGAUCGUGAGACCAAGAUCCAAAACCAGCUGAAGAAGUUACAGAGCCCAGUCAUCCUCUUGUUUUGCACUAAGGAUGAGGCCACUUAUAUUUUUGAAGUGGCCGAGUCCGUUGGCCUGACGGGCUAUGGUUAUAUCUGGAUUGUGCCCAGCACGGUGACUGGGAAUACAGACAUCAUUUUACCAGAGUUCCCGACGGGAUUAAUUUCUGUUUCCUACGACGAAUGGGAUUACGGACUCCCGGCCAGGGUCAGGGACGGAGUUGCCAUCAUCACCACAGCGGCUUCAACCAUGCUGGCCGAACACAAGGAGAUCAUGGAACCCAAGACCAGUUGCUACAGCGUGCAGGAGAGGAGGGCUCACCAAUCGAACACCUUGCACAGAUACCUUAUGAAUGUAAGUUUUGAGGGAAGGAACCUCUCCUUCAGUGAAGAUGGGUACCAGAUGCACCCCAAAUUAGUAAUCAUAUUACUCAACAGAGAGCGGCUGUGGGAGAAGGUCGGGAAGUGGGAGGCAAAAAGACUGACCAUGAAGUACCACGUCUGGCCCCGGUACUACUUGUUCUCGGAGUCGGAAGAGGAGGACGACCACCUGAGCAUUGUCACGUUGGAGGAGGCGCCCUUCGUCAUCGUCGAGGACGUGGACUCGCUGAGCGGGACCUGCAUGAGGAACACGGUCCCCUGCAGAAAGCAAGUGAAGCCAAUUAAUGACACAGAAGGAGGGAUGUACAUCAAGCGGUGCUGUAAGGGAUUUUGCAUCGAUAUCCUGAAGAAAAUUGCAAAGUAUGUCAAGUUCACAUAUGAUUUAUAUCUGGUAACAAAUGGAAAACACGGGAAGAAGAUUAACGGGACUUGGAAUGGGCUUGUUGGAGAGGUUGUACGGAAGCAUGCACACAUGGCCGUGGGCUCCCUGACUAUUAAUGAAGAGCGCUCAGAGGUGAUAGACUUCUCAGUCCCCUUCAUAGAGACUGGAAUCAGUGUUAUGGUGUCACGGAGCAACGGAACUGUAUCGCCUUCUGCAUUUCUGGAGCCGUUCAGUGCCGACGUCUGGGUGAUGAUGUUCGUGAUGCUUCUGAUUGUCUCGGCUGUCGCAGUCUUCGUCUUUGAGUACUUCAGCCCUGUGGGAUAUAACCGGUGCUUGGCCGAUGGAAGGGAACCCGGAGGCCCCUCGUUCACCAUCGGCAAAGCCAUUUGGCUGCUCUGGGGCCUCGUUUUCAAUAACUCCGUGCCAGUCCAGAACCCGAAGGGGACCACGAGCAAGAUUAUGGUGUCGGUCUGGGCCUUCUUCGCUGUGAUAUUUUUAGCCAGCUACACAGCCAACCUUGCCGCAUUCAUGAUCCAAGAGGAAUAUGUGGACCAAGUAUCAGGCCUCAGCGAUAAGAAGUUCCAGAGACCAAAUGAUUUCUCUCCUCCGUUUCGGUUUGGGACAGUUCCCAAUGGAAGCACAGAAAGAAACAUCCGUAACAAUUACCUCGAAAUGCACACCUACAUGACAAAGUACAAUCAGAAAUCCGUGCUCGACGCAUUAAUAAGCCUGAAGGCCGGGAAGUUGGACGCCUUCAUUUACGAUGCGGCCGUGCUGAACUACAUGGCCGGGAGGGAUGAGGGCUGCAAGUUAGUGACCAUCGGCAGUGGUAAGGUGUUUGCCACCACCGGCUAUGGAAUCGCCAUCCAGAAGAACAGCGGCUGGAAGCGGGCGGUGGAUCUUGCCAUCCUGCAGCUUUUUGGUGACGGAGACAUGGAGGAGCUGGAAGCCCUCUGGCUGACCGGCAUCUGUCACAACGAGAAGAACGAGGUGAUGAGCAGCCAGCUGGAUGUCGAUAACAUGGCGGGCGUGUUCUACAUGCUGGGGGCUGCUAUGACACUGAGCCUCCUCACCUUCAUCUGCGAGCAUCUCUUCUACUGGCAGCUACGACAUUGCUUCAUUGGCACCUGCACGGGCAAACCCGGCCUCCUGUUCUCCGUCAGCAGGGGCAUAUACAGCUGCAUUCAUGGCGUGCCGAUCGAGGAUAAGCAGUCGUGCAUGGACUCUCCCACUGCCACAGUGAACGACACCCAUUCCAACAUCAUGCGGCUCCUGAGGACAGCCAAGAGCAUGGCCAACCUCACCGGGGUCAACGGCACGCACUUUGGCUCGCCCCAGAGUGCGCUGGACUACAUCGGCCAUGACCCGUCUGUCUUCGACGUGUCCGAGCACCGGAGGAGCUUCACCCACUCGGACUGCAAGUCCUACCAGCCCGACGACAACCUGUUCAGCGACUACAUCAGUGAAGUGGAGAGGACAUUUGGGAACCUCCAUGCGAAGGACACUAACAGCAUCUAUCAAGACCACUACCAUCACCACCGGCCACACAGCAUCGCCAGCACCAGUUCCUUGGACAUCCCCUACGAGUGCGACAACGCCAUGUUUGGCACCCAGGGCAGGACGCUGCCCCGGAAACCCUUUGAGAUCGGUCUGCCCCUGAAGCACGCCCAGGGCCACCUCAGCGACAGCUACGAGAACCACAAGUGGUUCAAGAACGACCGCUACCCCCACGACGAUCUGAUCCGCUCCGACGUCUCGGACAUCUCCACCCACACGGUCACCUACGGCAACAUCGGCAACACCAAGCGGCGCAAGCAGUACAAGGACAGCCUGAAGAAGCGGCCGGCCUCCGCCAAGUCCCGCAAGGAGUACGACGAGAUCGAGCUGGCCUACCGGCGCCGGGCGCACACCGCCGACCGCAAGGGCCGCUUCUUCAACAAGGACAAGUUGCGCGACCUCUACCACGACCAGUUCCGCUGUGCCAAGGAGAGCCAGCCCCGCUGGCAGCACGUCGACCUGACCGAGUUGUACCAGGGCGGCGGAGGAGGAGGCGGUGGAGGCGGGGUUGGCGGGGGCGGCGGUGACGACGACUUUGGCAAGCACGAGGUGCCGCGACUAGCCAGGCCUCACCACCUGCACCUGGCGGAUUUCGGGCCCGGGCCCGUCCAGCCCCAGGCCGGCCUGUGGGACAAGGCGGACUGGGGCGGGCAGCAGGCCGAGGUCUACUGCCGCAACUGCCCGGCCAAGCUGCACAACUACGGCGGGCAGGGGGCGGGCAGGGGCGCCUGCCACUGGUGCGAGGCCUGCAAGAAGGCGGCCACGCUGUACGACAUCAGCGAGGACAACUCGCUGCAGGAGGCCGAGCACUCGGGCAGCGGCCUCUCCAAGUACCAGAGCCCCAGCGACUCGGCCAAGCUGGCGAGGCGGGGCCGCAACAAGCUGCGACGGCAACACUCGUACGACACCUUCGUCGACCUGCAGAAGGAGGAGAACGUGGCGGUGGCGCCCCGCAGCGUCAGCCUCAAGGAGAAGGACCGCUUCCCCGAGGGCAGCCCCUACGCCCACAUGUUCGAGACGACGACCGAGGCCCCGUUCGGUGGCAAGGCGCCGGCGCCCGAGCACCGCAGCCUGAGCCGCUACCCGCUCAGCAAGUCCCUCUACCCCGACCGCGUCACCCAGAACCCCUUCGUGCCCACCUUCGGCGAUGACCAGUGCCUGCUGCACGGCGCCAAGUUGCACUUCAAGCACCCGUCGGCUUCCAAAGGCCGGGCCCCGGCCUCCGCCGUGCUGGGCACCCGCUUCGCCAAGGACGUGUGCCUGGGCGGCCAGACAGCAGUGUGCAUGGCCAACAAUAAAACUGCCCGGCCCUUCAAUGGCUCCAGCAACGGACACGUGUACGAGAAACUGUCCAGCAUCGAGUCGGAUGUCUGAGGCCUUGCACUGUUCGGGACCUCCUGCUCUGGAUCGCGCGCCGGAGCUCCGGAUCAGCGGCUCUUUUCUACUUUUUACGUUUUUGGUCUUCAUUGCAAAAUAUCAAAUGGUCUUUGUUUCUCAGCAGCGUCAUUAUGGCGGCGAAUUGGAACCCACGAUGAACAUUAAAUCUGGUCCAAUACAAUAUGGCAAAAUUCUAACUGCAUGUCAGCUGUAUCGUUACAUCGGGUGAUGCAUCUUUGUGUAGGGAUAUUCAUUAUUAAUAGAGUACAUAUUCAUAUCAGUGCCCGUACUGUACAGUUUAAAACCUGUUUCAACCCACUCGCCACCGAAGACCCUUUUUGGCUUCAUUCUGAAUGUCUCGCGAGGGUUCUGGUAAACCCUCAGCUGCAGAAUUUACCGCAGACGUGGAGAUGGGUUGCAGCGAUUAAUCCUGGAACGACGGCGUGAAUGUGUGCGGAGGUGUGCAUUCGUGCAUGGGCGUGCGCGGGCAUGCACCGUGACCAUUUCCACCUGUGGCUUGUGUGCAUCCUCGCACGUCCGCUCACAGAUGUACGUGCUUGAGCGUGUAUAGAUGCGCGCUUGCGUGUGUGCGUGCGUGCACGUGUGUGUGUGUGCGUGUGUGUGUGUGUGUGUGCGUGCGUGUGUGUGUGCGUGCGUGUAAGUGCAUUCAUGCACGCGCGCGAGCGACUCCAUGACAACAGUGUGCAGUGACGUUGUUGGGACUCGAUAAAAAUCUCGGGCACCGCGGCGACGGUGAUAUUAAGUUUUGAAGCAACCGCUGGUCUUGAAGUCCCAGCGGACUUAUGAAGCGGUUUGUCUAAGUUAGGCAACUAUUAAAUGCAGGGGUUUGUGCUACAAGAUUUUGUUAUGAUUUCAGUCCUAAUCCUUACUCCCAAGUCCGGACAUUUCCUGGCAGCACCAAGGAAAACACUGUGCCAGGUGAAGGUCUGGAAUGAAAGGGUUAAUGUUUUUAGGAAGGUUUGAAGGCUCUGGGGCUGUACUCACUGGAGUUUAGAAGAAUGAGCGGGGUAUCGCAUUGAAGCCUACCAAAUAUUGAAAGGCCGAGACAGAGUGGAUGUGGAGGUGAUGUUUCCUACAGUUGGGAGAGUCUAAGACCCAAGGGCACAGACUCAGAGUACAAGGACGUCCCUUUAGAACAGAGAUGAGGGAGAGUUUCUUUUGGUGGUGAAUCUGUGGAAUUCAUUGACACAGACAGCUGUGGAGGCCAAGUCACUGGGUAUAUUUAAAGUGGAGGUUGAUAGUUUCUUGAUUAGCAAGGGCAUCAAAGGUUAUGGGGAGAAGGCAUGAGAAUGGGAUUGAGAGGGAUAGUAAAUCAGCCAUGAUGGAAUGAUGGAGCAGAUGGGCCGAAUGGCCUAAUUCUGCUCCUGUGUCUUCUGGUGACUCAGUUAUUUCCCGAUGAAGUGACUACCAUUGAAUUACGCACAAUUUCUACUUGCCUUGUAUCUGCUGGUCAUUCCAUGAAGGAACACUGCUAGCUAUUAGCAUGCAAGUGGCCUCCUUCCACUCCCUGGGUCUGGAAUGUCAUCUCACCGCUGCAGUGCCUCAUCCUAAGUAACUUCAUUGCAAUGAAACGAUGACUCGAUAUUGCACUAUAGCCUAGCGUUUCUGAUCAGGAAUUUAACAGCGUGUAACAGCGCUGAUGACACAGCAGUGACACCGGUAACGAACGGGGGGAAGCGACCUUGAACUAUCUCCCCCAUUUUCCUCCCCCCUAGAACAGGGCGCCCAAUAAACACCGAAACUGUGAGACAGUCACCAUUAGCUGAGGCGUGUCUUUCCCUUGGUUAUGGGUGUUGUGUCACUGCCAGCUGUGGCACACAUCUUAGUGUAAACCAGUCGAUUCGCUUUAUCAGGUCUGGCACAUUUUGCCUCAAAUAAGUGGCUUCCCCAAUUAGCCGAAGAUUCAUGGAAAUAGUUUUAAAAGUAUAAAGAAGACAAAUUGUGUAUUUAAGUGAAAUACAGAACAAAUUAGAACACUACCAAUAGUACUGCAGUGCUAUUAAAGUGUGUAUUAGUUCCUAAUAGUUAUCGACAGAGGAAUUCAUCCAGUGCUGAAUAAAAUCACCGCAGGCACCCAGUGUAGAUAAUGGACUAUCUUCAUAGAAUGCUAUCAAUGGUUGCAUCCUCCAAAUCUUCAUUUUCAUUGUCACAUUCAAGAUGAUUGUCGAUACAUUUAAAUCCUUCUUUGUUCCUAAUUUGUUGAAGUUGUGAAAUCAUUUCGUUUUCACUCUUGGCUGUUUCUGGCAUCUCCAAGCCCCAAUGCUUGAGCAAAACAGUUCUGAAUUGUCUUGCUGCUUAUUUCUCGCCAACUAUCAGUGACAAAAACCACUGCUGUUUGAGCACAAUCACAUGCAACUGACGCUAUUUUAAAACUGUUUGCUCCUGGCACGGUGUAACGGCCAUUACGCAAACACCACCACUGGCGCUAGUGAGAACCAGUUCAGCAAGAGUCAGCUGCCCCGAAUAGGCGGCAUAGUGUCCCAAAUAAACAAUGGGAGCCCCGGCAGUUUUCUCGAUUGGUAUUUGCUGUUUAAUAGUUGUCCCAAAUAAGCACCUUACCUGAUUAAUUGAUGGCCCAGUUAAAUGGAAUCCAUUGUAUAGGAUCUUAGGCCAUUGAAGAAAUGAUAAAGAUUGGGAUGAAACUUUGACCUGGGCUUGGGCUUAUCAGUAGCCCACAUCAUUCUUAUGUUGAUUGUAAAGUCCUCUAGGCUUCUGGAAACCAGUCAGGGACCUCUACCUGUUACAAUGGAAAACCUGUCCUGGAUACUUCUCAUACAGAUCAGAUCCUUACACAAUGGAUUGAGGUAGAACAAGGUAAAGCAAUAACAGGAUGUAGAAUACACUGUUACAAAGAAAGUGCAGUGCAGGUGGACAAUAAGGUCCAAGGCCAUGGUCAGGUAGAUUGUGAGAUCAAUAGCCCAAGGUUUAGUGUUUGUACACUAACACAAGAAGAUCUGCAGAUGCUGGAAAUCUGGAGCAACACACACACAAAAUUCUGGAGGAACUCAGCAGGUCGGGCAGCAUCUAUGGAAAGGGCUAAACAGCCCAACGUUUCAACCGAGACCCUUCAUCAGGACUGCACUGCCUCACUGUUCAACCCAGACCACGUAAAGUUUGCACGCUGUUCCUGUCGCUCCCUAGCUGCUCACGGUUACUCCCACAUCCCAAAGGUGGACUGGUAGAAGAAGUGGGUUCUGCAGACUACCCCGGGCUUCUGUUUGCGGUUAAAAACAGAAGAUGAAAGGGGAGGUGAGGGAUUUGUGUGAUGGAAUAUGUCACAGGGCUGGCGUUCAGGUUGCCGCACUAUAGGAAGGAUGUCAUUAAGCUAGCGAGGGUACGGAAAAGAUUCACCAGGAUGUUGCCCAGCACUUUGUGUGUGUUCCUUUGUGUUUGUGCACUGCAGGGAGAGUCUCUGUUCAUGCUGAAAUUUUACUUCCUGGCCUUUACUUGGCAUGAUCGAGUGCCAGAUGCUUUUUUGUUCUUUAAGUUUAAUUGUCACUCAACCAUACAUUACUACAGCCAAAUGAAACAGCUUUCCUCCGGAGCCAAGAUGCAAAACACAGUACCAACAGUCACACGCAAGCACAUCUUUGGUUGGCCUCAUAGAAGCCGUUAAGUCCAGGCAUGCCUCCAUUUUUUAAAUAUAUUCCGCUUGCACUUUAUAAACAGAAAUGCAAAUCUGUGUUUAAUCUUAUGAAAAUUUAAAUGCAAAGAUGUCAGACACAAAUAAUAUACAAACUUUAAAAGAAUCGACCCAUCUACCAUCACUGCUGAAUGAUUGGGUAAAAUGUUAUCCUUUAUUAAAUAUUUCUAUCUUACUUUAGUACUUUAACAUGUCCUGAAGACGCCCAAAAACUGGACUAUCUAUUCACUUCCAUAGAUUCUGCAUGACCUGCUGAGUUCCUCCGGGAUUUUCUGUGUGUAACUUUAACAGGUGUUUGCACCCAGCAAGAUGUUGGCUGAAUGAUCCUUCUGGGCCUGUAGACAACUUCCUCAUCACUUGCAGUUGAUAGAGGCCCUUCCUUCCCCUUGCCAGUUGGCAACAGAACCUACCAGAGAUCAAGCUGCUUGCAUUUGGCCAAAGACGCCUGUUAACCAAGCAAGUUAAAGGGAAAGGUUGAAGAGGUUAGGACAUUUUUCCCAGGAUUGCAAUGGAAUGAAAGGAGAUUUGAUAGACACAAAGUUAUGAGCCAGUAUAGAUAUAGUCAAUGCAAGCAGGUUUUUUCCACUGAGGUUGGGUGAGACUAAAACUAGAGGUCAUGGGUCAAAGGUAAAAGGUGAAAUACUUAAGGGAAGGCUAAGGGGAAACUUAGUAGUGCAAAUGUGGAAUCAGCUGCCAGUGGAAGUGGUGGAAAUAGAUUCAAUUUCAACACUUAAGAGACCUUUGGACAAGUACUUGCGUGGGAGGGAUAUGGAGGUCGAUGGUCCAUGCGACAGCAGAAUAAUAGUUUGGCACGGACUAAUGCGAGGGGUAAGGAGGGCUAUGGUCCAAUUGCAGGCCCACAAGGGACUAGGAACAAACAGUUUGGCACAGACUAGAUGGGCCAAAGGGUCUGUUUCUGUGCUGUAGUGCUCCAUGACUCUGUAAGUACUGACUCAGUUUCAUGGUGGAUUAGGUGGUCCUUGGCUUUGUUCAGAAGUAACAGAUGCAUAGGGGAUAGUAUGUGAUAGCCCAAAUAUUAUAGACAUCAGCUUGUUGUAAUCAUUGGAUGAGUGCUUUUCAAAAUUAGUUGGAAAAGUAGUUGCAUAUAACAAAAGUUUUCAAUAAAUUGACCACAGUAGCACUGAUAGAUUUUGGUAUAUUGAUUUCUACGGUGUUAGAGAAGGGGGACUGCUGGUUAUGGUUGAAGGGUGGUAUUUAUCUAUCCCUGAUUAGAAACAAGUUCCCAUUGACUGCUGCAGUGUUAGGGAGAGGGGACUGCUGGUUACGGCUGACCAGUGCAUUUACCCAAUCUUGGAUUAAAAAACAAAGUUUCUGUUCAUUUUAGGAAGAUUUUAUUUUACUUAUUUAGAGAUUCGGCGCAGAAUAGGCCCUUCCGGUCCGUUGAACCGCACCAUCCCGCAACCCCCCCCCAUUUAGGAAAGUUUACAAUGACCAAUUAACCUACUAACUGGCAUGUUUUCGGACUGCUGGGAGGAAACCAGAGCACCCAGAGGAAACCCACCCGUUCCACGGGGAGAACGUACCCGAGACUCCUUACUCUGGGAUUGAACCCCAAACUCUGACCCCUCAAGAGUAAUAGCGUUGUGCUAACUGCUACCGUGGUGCCAGACCCACAGACAUACUGAGAUUAUCACUGGAAGGAGAAGCAGCAGCAGAUCAAAUGCCAGCCAACUGCGAAUCCUCAGUAGCCCGUAGAUUCAGAAAAGAGAAAGGGAGUCCCACAGGCCAAAGACUGGAAGUGGAAUCCGAAGUGAAGAUGUUAAUGUCUUCACAGUUUUUUGUUAGCCAAGGGAGGUCAAUGGUUUCCUAGCAACUGCAUUAGCUAGCUCAUGGGUGAGAAGCCAUGGGAUCGGUCCUGCUGAGUUUCAUAGUCACAAAGCCCAGAAGAAUAGAUAAAUUCCUUCAGUAUUCUUUCACAAACGUGACAGAUGAACAAAUUACUUCCUCUGCUUUCCUACUCCUACUGCAUUUCUAUAAGAUGGGUUGUCCAUAAUUCAGAUUGGGUGGUGAUGGACAACAGGCAAGUCGCCUUGAACUGCUAGCAUCCGCCGUUUCGAACAUGCCGCUCAUUAACAUUUGGUGAGAUGGGUUCAAAGGAUUAAGGGUGAGCAAAAUAAACCCAUCGUUGACUUUGACCAGCAGAAGAUGUCCAAAGCUUAUCAUUUUUUUGCUGGCUUUUGAAAUGUGAGGCAAGAGGAGAACAGUAGCUAUCCUUUGAGUGACCGACAAAACAGGAUAAGCCAUUCAUCAGUGGUUGGUGCAUCCUUUUGAAGAAUUACAACAUUAGAGUGGAAAGAAAGCCAAUAGAAAGGAAGUUUGUUCAAGGAGUUACUGGAAGCUUUCAUGUAAAAAAAGAAAUCAAUUCUACAGGUAAUAUGUGUACCUGGUAUAGUAAUGUGGGCUCUGGUAUAAUUAGAGAAGAUUAUCUUAAAAUUGCAUCACAUUCAACUAAGUAGCAAAAAAGUUUUCUAAAGUCUCUGCAAGUAAUAUAACACAACCAAUUGUUACUAAUAUAAUAGUCUUUAUUGAGAUCUUUCCUUUGAGAAACAUACCCCUGUGAUUUUAUUAUGUUGGGUCUCCUUUCUCGCCAGCAUCUGCUAUGUUGCCAAAGUCUAGACAAAUUCCAUGUACUAUAGAGUGAUAUAUUUGUUGUUGUAAGGGUUAAGAGUUAAAACAUUAAUGCCAGAAACCUCAGAAACCUCUGUACAAUGUAUCCAUUUAGCUGAGUGCACUGAGUUUGGGUUGCUUUCAACUUUGCCGCAUUACGCUUGUUAGUAGCCCGAAAUGCUGGAAAACCUGCAGAUGAUGGAAAUCCAGAGCAACACAUACAAAAUGCUGGAAGAACUCAGCGGGUCAGGCAGCAUCUACGGAGGGAAAUGAACAGUCAAUGUCUCGGGUCAGGACCCUUCCUCAACCCAAAGUAUCAACUUUGCAUUUCCUCCCACAGAUUCUGCCUGACCUGCUGAGUUCCUCCAUCAUUCUGUUCGUUGCCCCUUUAUUCUGACUAGGGCACUCCUAACAACACCAUGCCUAGAACAGUUAACCCUCUAGCUUCAUUUGAAGUAAACACCAUGAGCUGUGAGCAACAACUGAUUGGAACUUGAGCUUAGGAGGGAAGUCUAGGGAGGUCUUGGGUCUGAUGGAAAGGAAAAUUUUGGGUGAAUUGAAUUAUUCACAAGUGCUAGGGACAUUGAAGGGUGUAGAAAACUCAGAUCAAAUACAGUAUCUGGUCCAUGGUUGACAGAUUUAGUGGGCUCGAUGAUAUCCUCUUGACUGUAAGGUUUUGAUCAGUGAUUGAAACAUGAUCAAAGUAUAAGAGAUUGGAAAUUAGGAACAAAAGCUGAAGGAAUACAGUGGAACACACACAAGAUGCUGGAGAAACUCGGCAAGUCGGGCAGAAAGAAAUGAUGAGUCAAUAUUUUGUACCGAGACCCUUCACCAGUCCUGAUGAUGAGUUUGGACCUGAAACAUCGACUCUUUAUUCCUUUCCAUAGAUGCUGCCUGACCUCCUGAGUUCCCCCAGCAUUUUGUGUGUGUAUGCGUUACUCUGGAUUUCCAGCAUCUGCAAAAUCUCUGUUGUUUAAGAAUUUCCAGGCAAAUGAUCGCUGACCUGAACCCUUAAUCCUAACUUCUUUCUGCAACUCUGAGUGUCUGCAGCAGGAGAGAGAAAAGCUGAACAGAAAUUGACCAACAUGACUACCGCUCAGGAUCGGGGCACUGAUUAUUUUCUGAUAAGAGAUAACUGACCCGAAGAUUUAAUUCUCUUUCUUUCCACAGACGCUGCCUUGCUUGUUGACUUCUCUUUGCAUUUUCAGUUUUCAUUUCUUUAACUUUGCAUGCUUACACUGUCUAGAUCUACACUUGCUAUUGGCUGGCACCAAUUGCCUGAAUUUGGCCCCACUUACUGUAUCAUGAGUAGCGUGGGCAGGUUGUAGACUGGAUGUGGCUGGCAUCGAACCCACCUUCGAAUAGAGCCUCCAAUUGUCCAGGUGCCCUCCAACCACGAGAAGGCAAAGAUAAGUAUUUCCAUCUCAGACCUAAGGUGGACCUCUACAGCUCAGUCAGAGAAUAUGCAUUCGGUGGCUGCCUUAUGAGGUGCAGGACUGGAAACUCGAUGUGGCCUUCAGCUCCUGUAGCUCGUCCACGUCAAGGUUCAACGUGUUGUGCAUCCAACGAUGCUCUUCUGCACACCACUGUUGUAAUGCAUGGCUCUUCGAGUUACUGUCGCCUUCCUGUCAGCUUGAACCAGUCUGGCCAUUCUCCUCUGACCUCUCUCAUUAACAAGGCGUUUUUGCCUACAGAACUGCCGCUCACUGGAUCUUUUUCGUAAUGCACGUUCCUGUCGGCUUGAACCGGUCCAGCCAUUCUCCUCUGACCUCUCUCAUUAACAAGGCAUUUUCGCCCACAGAAUUUUUCACACUCACUGGAUUUUUUUUUUGUAGAGACUGUUCUGCAUGAAAAUCCCUGGGGAUCAGCAGUUUCUGAGAUACUACUCAAACCACCUCAUCUGGCGCUAACAAUCACUCCACAGUCAAAGUCACUCAGGUCACAUUUCUUCCCCAUUCUGAUGUUCGGCCUGAACAACAACUGAACCUCUUGACCCUGCCUGCAUGCACUGAGUUGCUGCCAGAUGAAUGACUGAUUAGAUAUUUGCAUUAACAAGCAGGUGUACAGGACUACCUAAUGAAGUGGCCACUGAGUGUACUUAUGUAAUGAUUAAGGAAUUAGACUGAUAGUGUAAUAGAUGUAGAUUGAAAGGUUUCCAUAGCAACUAGAUUGUUAAAGCAGCUGAAACCAUAAAUCCAACUGAUUCAUUCAUCUUCUCCAUUGAAGGAGGCUUGGCACCUUCAUUGGCCCUGGGAGCUCAUGUCCCACGCAAGGCACUGAUAUUUUCUUUUUCUUCUGUCUGAAGGGAAAACAAGUCAUGGGUAGGAAAUGCACCACUUGUGAGUGGAAAAUAAUUUCACUGAGACUGGGUGCACCAGUACUCUAUACAAUGCAAGAAGAAAUGGAAUUUGUUGCCACAGGCGGCUCCUGAUCUUCGGGAUUGAAAGGCUUAUCAUAUGAGGAGUGUUCGGUGGCUCUGGGCCUGAACUCACUGUAAUUCAGAAGAAUGAGGGUGGAAUCUCAUUGAAACCUAUCGAAUGUUGAAAGGCCUCAUUGGAGUGGAUGUGAAGAGGAUGUUUCCUAUGGUGGGAGAGUCUAGGACCAGAGGACACAGCCUCAGAAUAGAGGGGCAUACUUUUAGAACGGAGUUCAGAAGGAAUAUCUUUAGCUAGAGAGCGGUUAAUCUGUAGAAUUUGGUGCCACAGGUGGUUGUGGAGGCCAAGUCAUUGGGUAGAUUGAAGGCAGAGUUUGAUAGAUUUGUGAUUAGUCAGGGCAUGAAGGGAUAUGGGGAGAAGGCAAGAGAUUACCUUAUUACCCCUUACCCCUUCUCUUUUCCUCACCUGCCUAUCGCUUCCCUCUGGUGCCCUUCCUCCUUCCCUUUCUACAGUGGUCCUCUCUCCUCUCCUAUAAGAUUCCUUCUUCUUCAGCCUUUUAUCCUUUCCAAUUAUCACCUCCUAGCUUCUCAUUUCAUCCUCUCCUCCCCACCCCCCUACCUUCUCCUUCACCUGGCUUCACCUGUCACCUGCCAGCUUGUCCACCUUCCCCUGCUCCCCACCUUCUUAUUCCGGGUUCUUCCCACUUCCUUUCCAGUCCUGAUGAAGGAUCUCAACCCAAAACAGCGAGUGUCCAUUCCUCCUCAUAGAUGCUGCCUGGCCUGCUGAGUUCCUCCAGCAUUUCGCGCGUGUUGCUCUGCGUUUCCACCAUCUGCCGAAUCUCUUGUGUUUAUGAAGCUGGGUUGCAUAGUUCUCCUCACAAAGUGUGUCUGGUCUCUUUCUCCAGCAACAGUUAAUCACAGAGCAAACAUCCUUAAAUGAAAGCAUUCUCAAAAAGUCUUGUUGUGGUUUCAUGCUGCAGAAUUUCCCCAGAUCCUCAUUGUCAUUACAUUCACCCCAUAUGCCCACAUCAGACUCUCCCCUGAGGAAAGACAACGAGCCUAGUGUUUGCUUUCUUUCAGUGGCCUCUCCGCAUGUGGGAUACCGCUGUAAAUAAUAAUAAUAGUGCGCCACCGUAGCUUAGCGGUUAGCGCCGACGCUAUACAACUUGAAGCAUCAGAGUUCAGAGUUCAAUUCUACCUCUGUCUGGAUGGCGUUUGUAUGUCCUCCCCACAAACGUGCAGGUUUCCUCUGGGUGCUCCGGUUUCCUCCCACAUUCCAAAACUGUACCGAUUGGUAGACUAAGUUGCCAUUGUAAAUUGUCCCGUGAAAAAGAAUUUCAGGAUGUAUAUUGUAUACAUUUCUCUGACAUUAAAUGUACCUAUUGAAACCUAUUGAUUAGGCUCAGGUUAAAUAGGUGGGUGCCGGGGGGUGCUGCUCGUAGGGCCGGAAGGGCCCAAACCACACUAUAUAUCUAAAACAUAAGAAAUAAAUGUAAUAUAUUAAAAUAAAUCAAACCCUUGGCUUUUAUCAACCUACCUUAGGGAUUCUGGAAGGAGACAUGCAAACUACUCUCUACCUGUUGGCAUCAGCUGCCAUGCCAACUUCAGUGGUUGCCCAACCUGAGCUCAGGACUUGCUCGUGAAUUUCCUGGGACACUCAUCACGUUUGUUUAUUGGACUUUCAAUGGUGAUUGCAUGGAAACUCCAGAACCUUCCCAUGAACACACUUGUAAUGAACCCAGUAAAGAACUUCACCUUAGAUCUGCUUUUUCUCCCCCAGCUCAACUUUGAUCACCAGGAGGGGCUCAGCAAAGAAGGUUGGCCCGCUGGUGCUAGCACUGUUAGAUGUUUUGGCAGUAGCCGUAAGAUCUUACCCAGAUUUCUGCUUUGCAAAGUUAACUUUGUCCUACAAAUGAACAAAUGACAAGUGAUGAAUAAUUAUUGGUAUCUUUUAGAGUCAUAGAAAAAUACUGCACAGAAUCAGGCCCUUCAGCCCAUCUAGUCCAUGCUGAGUCAUUUAAGCUGCCUACUCCCAUCAACCUGCACUGGGACCAUAGCCUCCAUACCCCUACCAUCCGUGUAUCUAUCCAAACUUCUCUUCAACGUUAAAGAAGUUUUAAAUAAUUUUUCACUCAGGCUACUCAUAUAUAUUUGUGAUCCUCGGCUUAACAAUUUCAAGCCAGAACGGGCCAAGAGUUAUAUUUAACAGUAGAUGAGAUUGACGAGAUCAGAAAACUAUGACUAUCACAUACUAUGUGAAGUGUACUGCAAACAGUGUAGUUUGUGGGACUGGGACUAUAUAUUGGGGAGCUGCUACCAAAACACAAUGAGAGCUCUUCAAGAUUCGAACUUUUAUUUAUCACAGGUACAUCGAAACGUACAGUGAUAUGCAUUGUUUGCAUUAAUAGCCAACUUGAAGCAUCGGAGUUCAGGGUGGAUUGGGUUCGGCACCCAAAUGUCGCCAAACAUUCUGGCACCAGAAUAGCAUGCCCACAGUCCUCACAGAACUACACAGAACCCAACAAGCAAUAAAACAACAGCAGCAAAAACGAGCACCUUGAUUUUCAUAGAAAGAUUUCUUUUUUAAAUGAUCAAAAUAUCUUGCAUGGUUUACGUAUCACCAUGCUUACAGGGUUUAGACAGAAAAAUAAUGUACGUUUCCUAUCAGAGUGUCAUGCUGGUGUAGUGGUUAGCGUGAUGCUAUUACAGCUCGGGGGGUCAGAGAUUCGAGUUCAAUCACAGCGUCCUCUGUAAAGGAGUCGCAACAUCCUCCCUGCGGAACGCGUGGGUUUUCUCCGGGUACUCUGGUUUCCUCCCACAGCCCAAAGACCUACUGGUUAGUAGGUUAAUUGGUCAUUGUAAAUUGUCCCGUGAUUAGGUUAGUGUUAAAUCUGGGGGUUGUCAGAGGUUGCGUGGCUCAAAGGGCCAGAAGGGCCUAUUCCGUGCUGUAUUGCUAAAUAAAAUAAUACAUGGGUUAUAUCUAAUUGGAAGUUUCUUCAACAUGCGUGUUUGAAAGUGUGUGUGUGCGCGUGUGUGUAUGUAUGUGUGUGCUGUAAGCAAGUGUGUGAAUAAGGAAUACUCUAUGUACAAGCUAUAUGCAGUAACUAAAAUAAAGACUGGAAUAGAUCCCUCAGAAUAUAGAGGACACCUUUUGUAACUUCUUCAGGGAGGUGUGGGUUACACGGAUUAGCCAUCGCUGGCUAUCCUGCACAGCUUGUAACUGAACUUCUUUUGGACCACGAGUACUUGUGGUAAUGGUUGGCACUUAUUCGUAUAAUGUGGGGAUUUCAGUUUUACUUUAGCAGCGAAGAAGCAAAGGCAAUAUAUUUCCAUGCAGAGGUGCUGCCUGAUUUGAAGGUAAUAGUGUCUUUUUGCCCUCGUUUUUAGCAGUAUAGUCUGGCACUGAAAUCACUUGGACUGACAGAGUCAAUUGGAUUAACAUCUGGAAAGUGAUGAAAGGAAAACACGUUAAAAGUUGGCUUAUGUCAUGUAGUUACAUAUCAACUCUCUAGCCAACGUAGAGUUAAAAUGCUGAUUAGUGUGAAUCCACUAUACAAUUCCUAUAAAUGCGGAUAGUUUUGUCGGGGUGCCAUAUUUUUGGAGCCAUAUUUUUCCAGACACAAUGUAUUUUCAAGUAAAGUAAUUGUGCGGACCUGGGCAUUGCUCUGGCAGCGCUGGCUUUGAUUUGCCCAUCCUCGGUUUCUCUGGAGGAGACAGCGUUGAGCACCAGUGUAAACUGCUACAGUCCAUUCGAUGAAAGAUGUUGCUGCAGUGCUGGUUGAUAGUGGGUUGACAAAUGUGAGCAUUUGACUGGCAGAGGAUGAGGCCAAUAGUUAUCUGUGUAAAGCCAAUAAUUAUAGGAGUAUCAAGAUGCCAGGAAUGAUAUUAGUAGUUAUCAUAUUAUGUACAUAGGACUUGUGGUGGGAGCCUUAAUGUAACAACAACCUCUUCAUCAAUAGUUUUCUUUUUGGAUUUUGCUCUUUUUGUAAAUUAUUAAAUUUAGAAAUAGAUUUCAAUUAAGACUUUUAAUAAAACAAUAUGGGGUGUACUGAAUAUAUUCUUUAAAGGUUGUGUUAUGAGUUGUUUACACUUUUGAACAAUGAGCAAAGAGGGAGUUCUCUCUCUCUCUCUGGUCGUUAACUUUCCAAGUAUAUGUGAGAUUUCAAAAAAAGAUGUACAACAGGCAGGCUUCAUGACCUGAGCCACUGAAAUACAUUCGUGAAAUUUACUUGAAAUUGAUAAUGUAUAUUGUGUGAUUUUUAAAAUUGAGAAAGGUUGGCUGUAAGACACUUAAGAAUGUCAAAGUUGACUGAAGGACCCCAAUGAUCUGCCAUAUUGGACCGUGCAGUGAUUGGCUUCCAUCAUUGCUUUUACUGAUUACUUGAUUUCUCAUUUUGAAAUGCAUGGUUCCUUUAAAAGAAAUCUUUCCUGAUAUCCAUAAAUAGCCUCAUUCUAAAUGUAUUUUAAUAGUGUUUGGUCACUAUCUUGUGAGUGCUCUUGUGUUGUGCUGUGUCUAUCAGCAUCACGUACCUGUGCACUUCAAUGUGGCAGCUGAGGCGUCCAUAUUUUUGCCUGAAAAUAACUGUCCAUAAGAAGGGGUCGAAACUCAGCAGACGUACCAAGAAUUAGUCAAGCUCAGAACCUGAGAAGGACAUGAAUGGGCUGUUGACAUAUGGUGCAGUAUGUGGCUGGAUGUUCUUGAAAGGGAAAUGUACUCCUAUCUAAAAGUAAUUCAGUAAGCUACAUCUGCAAUAUUCCCUCCUAGCUUUGAACAUACUGUAUCAGCCAUUGUUCUUGAGAACAUUUAAUAAAGAUGAUUUGAGAGUUCUCACUCUGUAGGUACCAGCACCUUGCAUGCUUCAUUCUUGCCUGCCGACAACGAUAGUGUUUGUCCCAGAUUGUAUUUUGUCCAGAGAUUGCAAAAAUUCUGAUACUGUCAAUAGACCAUAAACUUGUACUGAACAAUUAUGCACUUUAUUUGGUGGGUCUCACUGGAGUUGUGUGCAUGCAGGCAAGAAGGAAGAUGAUCAUUUGGACUCCUCUAACAUACAGAAGCAUAAAUUUCAGGACCUUGGACAGAGUCACCAGUCUGACCUGUGUCCCCAGUUGUAAGACUGACUUCUUUAGUUUGGGCCAGGCAGUUUUAAUAUCAUGCUAGUUUCUCUUCGAACUAGAAGACAUGCUUCUAUUGGACCCACUGGGGGGGUGGGGUUCGUCUAGCCCUAUCGAUUGAAUGCAGCCUUGUCUGUCGGUCUCGACCUCCGACUAUGAGAGUGAACCUUGUGUUCCGACAAUUCGGUUCCUGCACUAUGUAAUGCAAACAUUUUCUACAGGAUGAACAUGGUGUGCUCUCUCCAGCCUUUGAGCAAUUUGUGGCGGCAUCUUUUCCAUCCCAAGAGUCCUGUCGCCCUCCACUGCAGUCAGCCACGUUGCGUCUUUCUCUCUCUCUUCCUUCCACUUCCCGGUCCGGUCAUCCCUUUUCUGGUCAGCUGUGACCCAGUGAAUCCCAACACGCAGCCAAUGUGUCUUCCCUCACUCAGCCAUGUUCCCCACUGCACCGAGACCCACUUCAAUGUAAUAACGCCGUCUCCUUGAGGGUAUAGUGUACAUUUGCAUAUAUGAAUGAGAUAUGUAUGACGGUACGCGUGUUGAUGAGUACCUAUCUGUGUAUAUGUGUGCAUCUACAUACAAGUAUGGUAUACAUGUGUAAAGGAGUACAACUGUGUGUCUACAAAUGCAUAUACAUGUGCCUGGAUUGUAAAUUAAUGUCUCAUGCUAAUAGAUACCUCUUGGUAUAUAUGUAUGUUGUCUGUGGUCAAGCCAGGGGUGGGGGCCCUCUUCUUCUGAUUCUGGGCUUGUCUGUAACUAUCCAUUUUAUGGUUUGCUGUUGACCUGCUCAUAACUAAGUGAACAGAUUUAGCGGGAUUUGAGAAGGCGGGGGGGGGGGGUGCGGCUUCUGCCUGCGAUGGACAGGGCAGCCAGCCCUUAAUGCUCUGCACCUACCCUGUGCCACCAAGGCACGGUGGGCCCGACUUUUAAGCGUUGGCCCUUUGCUUUGUGCAUGCUGAGACUGAGCUCUGCAAAUUCUUUUAUUUUGAUUUUAACAGAAUAAAUUUCUCCUGGUCAGCCUGUUGAGCUGGUAGUGUGCUUUGCUUCAGUAGUCCAUUUCCUUCAGGUAGAAGUCAUCUGGUUGACACAACCAUUUCCCCUUCCGAAGUCCACCAAAUUUUACGGCAGGCUGAUCAAGGCAGGGGAUUAAUUUUUGAUGCACGACGUUUAAAGGGCAUUUAUUUCAAACCCUCCCCAGGUGCCCUGUCUCCGCACCCGGCUCGGCCGACCCUGUUGUACGGGGAGGCUCGCUGCACGUUUCGGGCGAGGGUUAUAUCGAAGGCUGCUCCUCGCUUCUCCCCCCUUGCCUGCGGAGGGAUUGACCGUGCCAACCAUUCCCUGUGUGUCUGCUCUGCCCCUCCCUGUCGCCACACUACAUUGCUCCAAACGAAUAGCACAAGGCAGAGAGCUUUAAAAAAAAACAGCCAUCCAGGCAACGCCAGAGCAGCAUUUUGAAAAUGGAGCCCAAAGCCAUUUUAGUUUAAGGAAGAAGCAUUUUAUUAAGUCAAACUUUUUAAACAAGGUAUAUACAGUUCAUGGGGGGUAUCAAUAUCAGUGUUAGGUAGCUUUAUAGUUCAGUGUUUAAUUUGUUGCUUGUAUAUACAUAUAUCAGGAAUUUAGAUAGCUGAGAACGUUUUUUUUUAAUUACAGCUCCAAUAUGCUUAUUGACUGGAGGAGGGUGGGUGGAACUAUCAAGGGUUGUGAGGGGCCCUGCCCCAGGGCAAAAGGGCUCAUGCCCAGAAUUUGGCCUUGGUUUUUCAAAUAGUCCAGCCCUCCUCCGACAGUUGUUGAGGUUUUAAAUCAGGUACAGAGAUGAACUAUGCUGGGUGUGUUAUGUGAGAUCACUUUAGAAAUAACCUUCCCUUCGCUGAGUUUGUGAUGGCAUUUUUUUCUAUGCUGAAAUGCUUAGGGACUUGAAGUGGAAGCUUUCCUUUCAAAGAACAGUAACACACUACCCUCAGCAAAAUUUGAAUUAAAUAUUGAAAACUCCAGUCAGUGACAGUCCAUCUCUGUUGAAGGUCUUUGGGUUUCCUUUUCAUUCCAAUCUGCUCCGGCCCCCAUGCCUUCACAAGUAACUUUCUUUCAUCUCAGCAGCUAUGAUUCGUGAAGUCUAAUCCAAUGCAAAGUCAACUGCGUUGUGUGUUAAGUGUUGAGUUAUCUUAGACUUCAGGCUUCAUAGCUUCAGAGAGGCACAGUGUUAGAGUUAAGUCACAGUUUCAAUCAGAAGACGGUCUCUGAAGUUUACUGUUUAAAAUAAUUCUGAAGAUGAUCAUGACCUUCCACUGGACAGGAUGAUAUUUUUAACUGGGUCCUCUCUUGCCUUUUGGCCUCACACCCAGUGCCAUUCUGUAAUCCAGUGAGGAAGAGGUGUACUGUCGCUGAAGUCAACACUAAAACUUACCCAUCUUUCUGCCCUCAGCAAUGAUGCUAACCUAAUAGGUAGGACCACGAAGUGGGUGUCCUAUCCUGGUCACUUGAGGGCUUUGGGUCAGGAGACACUUUCCACGUGCUGCGCUUUGCGGCCGCUUUGAACCCUAUUGUUUUAAAUAGGCACGUGACCUGGGAGUGUGUUACACAAAUAACUAUUAAUUGGAGUUUACCAGCCAUCAGUUAGCUGGGUAAGGGACAAGCAGAAAGCACUUGGAGGAACUAUUUCUGAAGUUAACCUAUUUGACAUAACAAUCCCAAAGACGGCUGAAGGCUAAGCAAGCUCACAUUAUGAUAUCUAUUGCUGCUUUGCUCUUGAAGUUCCCUUAUCUGUUAUUUUUUAGAGAUACUAGCACCUUUGAUUAAAUAGACGCUUAAUGAGAUUGUGUUGCUGGUAUCAUAUUGUCUCCUUAAAGGAAUCAAUAUGAACAGAAGAAAGACUAUUCUUAGGCCGGUUGGGAAGGGGACAGAAAAGGGAGCUUGGAGAUUGUGGAGAGGAUGUUUUUAUGGCGUUUUACUGGGCAGCAAUUGUUUUGAGAAUGCCCUUUGGCUCAAAAAAGCAGAUUACCUUUCAAUCCUCUCACACUUGAAUUCGAUGUACGUUGAACUCUAGGUGCCCGGAGAAGGGGGCAGGUGAGGGUGAGGGGUUCCACGCGUCAACCUGUUCAGAGCAGGCAGGGGAGACCUUCUGCUUGACUUCCUCCCGAAAGUCAUAUAGUCCACCUCUGUCACUUUAUUUGGAAACAGAAAAUGGGGGUAAUUCCCCUCCCCCAAAAAUUACAAAGAAUGGGAAGUGAGAGACUAAUUGUUGGAUCUUUUUUCCACGAUGUUUUCCUCUGUAUAUAAAUACGGUGCGGAUGUUUUAAAAAUACACAGGACAUUGCUAUGUAAAAAUCUGUACAUAGAGAAAGAUUCUUUUUUCUAUUGGAAAUCAUUUCUUGUUACUUUAUAUUCAAAAAAUAAAGUCUACAA